UUACUUUAAGAAUGGGUUCAGCGGAGGCCUUUGCGGCGGCAGAGGAGGCGCAGUCGCCGGCGACGGCCAAUCAUAAGGUCAAGGGGCCGUGGAGUACAGAAGAGGACGAGUUAUUGCGGAAGUACGUGGAACAAAACGGCCAGAAGAAUUGGUCGAUGAUUAGCAAUUAUAUUCCGGGGAGAUCCGGAAAAUCGUGUCGAUUGCGGUGGUGCAAUCAGCUUUCUCCGGAGGUGGAGCACCGCCCGUUCACGGCGGAGGAAGACGAGAUUAUUAUCCAAGCGCACGCCAAAUUUGGGAAUAAAUGGGCUGCAAUUGCGAAAUUACUCGAAAGAAGGACCGACAACGCUGUAAAAAACCAUUGGAAUUCGAAGCUUAAGCGGAAGUUCAAUCGGACGGCGAACAACACGGCGGAUGAGCGGCCGAAGCAGGUUUUGAAGCGAACGCGAACGGACGGCGGAGAUGUUUCUGUUGCAAUGAAGAUUGAAAGCACUUCUGAGAAUUCGAAUGUCAGUAAUCCUAACGUCUUUUUUCUGAAAAAGCCUGAUAUGGAAACACCAAUGGAAAAAACGGACGAGACUACGGCUGACGAUGGAAACAACGAAGAUGAUUAUGCUUUAACAAUGUUGACAUUGAAGUUGCCGGGAACUAGAUUAGAUGAUGGUGAUGAACAUUCGACCAGUGAAUUUGAAUUUCAAGCGCAGGUGAAAUCCGGCGAGAAGAAACAACUUGAUCCAGAGCUGCGGGCAGUAAUUCAGGAUGCAGUAAAAACAGAGAUUAGAAACUAUUUUUCUUCUCUUUCGUUCCGCGGAGGCUAAUGGUAAGUUUGAAUUCCUUUGCGUUUUUGAAUUUUUGAAAUGAAUAGGUUGGGAGUUGGGAGCAAUAUGGAUGAAUGAUCAAAUUUAUUCUCAUUGAUCUUGAA